UUCUUUAAAAAUAAAGGAAGUGGUGUUAAGUUCAUGUUGAUUCAGAUUUUUGUAUCUAUCUCUUCUCUCACUCUGGGCUGCCGUCAUACCAGCCUCUGUCGGCUCCUAGGACUUUCCUGGCUCAAGAACUUGCUCAGGUUGUUUGCUGUGCUGGGCAGAACAGAUCCCUUUUCACCCAGUUUGAGCUUCAAGUAUGUGGAUAUUUUCUUGUUUUUGUGCCAUUUUAAUUGUUUUGGCUAUUUCUGGUAUUGACACAAUAGCAAAGACCACACCAUAUACCAAAUUUACAAAGAAAUCUGAGGGAAAAGAAAUACCAAAGGGUCUGAAGCCAGCCAGUGGCCCAUCUCCGGAAGAAGAAGAGACUCCCUUCACAGAAAUGGCUGACAUGGCCAUGCCAGCAGAACCAGCCACUGACUCUUUGGCCCUGGAUCCUGCCUUGGGUGCUGCCACUCUCUUUCCCUUUGAAAACUUCACUCUCGACACGGCUGACUUCCUCCUGAAUUGCUGUGAUUGUUGUUCACCUGUCGCAGGGCAGAAGGGAGAGCCUGGAGAGAUGGGAAAGCCAGGUCCCAAAGGAGAGGCUGGUGAUGUCGGGGUCCAAGGGCCACCAGGAGUCGUUGGGUCCCAGGGCUCCAAGGGCCAGAAAGGAGAGAAGGGACUUAAAGGAGAACGUGGGGACCAAGGAACAAGUGGAAAUCCCGGAUAUCCAGGAAAACCUGGAGAACAAGGUGCACUCGGUCCUAAGGGGGAUAAAGGCAAUGUUGGCCUGGCAGGAGUGAAAGGACAAAAGGGCUCAAAAGGGGAUCCAUGCGGGAACGGCGGGAAUGGCACCAAAGGCGACAAAGGAAACCCUGGCACUGUGGGCUCUCCCGGUUCGGAUGGAAGGCCUGGGGCCAAGGGAGACAAGGGGGAGAUGGGGGAAAAGGGCCACUUCGGAGAUGCUGGGGAGCCGGGAGGAAAGGGACAAAAGGGUGAGGAGGGGAUGAAAGGAGAUACAGGUCUCAAGGGAGACCCUGGGAUAGAGGGCAGAAGCGGCCUAGAUGGCCGGCCUGGGGCCAAAGGCUAUCCAGGGGUCAAAGGAGAAAAGGGAGAGUUAGGGCCUCCUGGUCUCAUGGGACCUGCUGGGCCAAAGGGUGACAUUGGUAGCAAAGGGACCCGUGGCCCCAUUGGGAAGAAGGGCUCUCGCGGCUUUAAGGGCUCCAAGGGGGAGAUGACCAGAAUCCUGCAGUCAGCCUUCAGUGCUGCUUUAUCAAGGCCUUUCCCUCCUCCCAACGUCCCUGUCAAAUUCGACAAGGUCCUCUAUAACGACCAGGGGCAUUACAGCCCUGUCACUGGGAAAUUUAACUGCAGUAUUCCUGGGACAUACGUUUUUUCCUACCAUGUCACUGUGCGGGGCCGACCUGCAGGAAUCUGCCUGGUGGCAGGGAACAAGAGGCGGUUCAAGUCCAGAGAGACUCUGUAUGGCCAGGAUAUAGACCAAGCCUCUCUCCUCAUUGUCCUGAAAUUAGGUGCAGGAGACCAAGUGUGGCUGGAAGUGUCCAAGGGUUGGAAUGGAGUGUAUGUCAGUGCUGACGAUGACAGCAUUUUUACUGGGUUCCUUUUGUACCCUGAAGAAACUCUUGGCAUUCCACCACACCUUUGAGCCUUGCAUUUUGCAGUGUGGCUUUAGUGGAAUAAGCCCAUUAAAAUAGAGUAGUGCUAUUAAAAAAAAACUUCAAUUUUUAAAUGUUUAUGAACACAGCACAAAAAAUAAGAUAAAAUAAUUCCUAUUUUAAGGCAUCUCCUUUAAUAUGUAUGUGUUUGAGAACAUAAAUGUCUUAACUUUGUAACUGACUUCAUUUGGCAUUAUUUUGACACUACUCAUGCAUUUAAACAAAAAUAUU